UAUCUACCCUUAGAUAUAUUUAGUUGUUAGUCUGUACGGUUAGGUGUCGCCACAUCAACCACUUCUCUCUUCUCACCACAAGAAUGGUCUAAAAACUGUUGUCUUACUUUUAUGUCUACAGACUAACUCUUUUUUUUUUUUUUUUUUUUGGAAAACUAUUCUACAUACUUAAAACAUCCAUCAGUUCUAUUCCUUAAUUUCAUACUUUCAGAAAUUUGAUGAAAGCUAAUUAAUAAUCAAAAAAGCAACAAACGAACAAAAAAAAGCUUGUCAACAUGUCUGACUUGAUUUCUCUUCUUGAUGCAACUUUGCGUUUAAUUUCUAAUAACGGAGCGGAACGUCGGUUGUGGAAGACAACACCCAGUCUGGUGAAACCUGGAGGUUACCCACCUGAUAUCUUACUGCAGAAACCUUCCAAAGAAGAACUAGAAAAACUGGAAUGUGGUAUUUGUUUUCUGAUAUGCAAGAACCCGUGUCACUGCGUGAACAAACAUCAGUUCUGUCGUUCCUGCGUCACCGUAUGGUCAGGAAGCGGGAAUUCUGAAAACCACAACAAAUGCCCCGUGUGUCGUGUGAGCGGCUACUAUCUGCCGAGUGGUGCUAUUGCAGAUAACCUCAACAACAGGCAAGUGCGUUGUCUCCUCCGCUCCUGCAUAUGGGUCGGUCAGCUGAAAAACAUCCACAAUCACCGUCAUGUGCUCAAUAAGAAACUACAUCACGAAGACAAUUACAAGAUGAGCAAGUCAUGCCAUAGCAACAACAACGAUAGCAAUAACAAUAAUUUGAAUCUUAGAGACAGAUGCUCUGAAAUAACGGAGAGAGUUCUACCAAAGGAACCCUCGUCAGCAGCAGCUAUCCUCCAAAGAAUCCGGAAUGAGAGGAAAGAAGCCAACUUGUCUUCAAAUAAUUUGUUCACCGAGGCCACCGCAGACACCACCACCACCCAAUUGUCCCCUUCGUUAACAACCCCUAGUACAGGGCUCAGUUCUAGAAAUGUUUUAUCUUCUAGCAGUUCAACACCAGUAACUAAUACUAAUAAUAAUAUUACCGAUAAUAAUAAUAGUAGUAGUUUAGUUAAUUUUCAACGCCAACAUCCAACACUUGACAACAACAACCAUGUGAAUGAGAGAGCAAAUGAGUCUAUAGAGAAUGUCCUUCGUUCGUUCAUUCCUUCUACUACUACUACACAUCCAACUCCUGUAAGUCGCCUUAAUAAUAAUAGUAGUAGUAGUAAUAGCCUUUCUAGAAGUGCUCUUCAAGCAAACACCACCCCACCAUCCUCUGCUCCACCGGUUACUGAGCCUGAUAAUGUUUCCACCAACCCGAAUAACAAUUCCAAUCGUGUCGGUCCUAUCCACCAUCGCUCUGUAAAUCGCCGAACUGGCCCCAAGGAAUACGAACGGCUACGGGCUCGCAUGAGAGAGACCCGUCUUCGACUGGAACAAAUGGAAACCACUCGCCGCGAAUUGGCUUCUUUCCAGGAGAGACAAAGACUUCAGCAUUUGGUCGAGGUGCGAGAACUUGGUCGGCAGCUGAACGAAGUGACAUUCCAAAUCCGGCGUCUGCUGAACCAGAUGAGUGCCAACGAGGAUCAGCCUCCCACCCAAUUGGUUAAUUAACUCAUCAGUUAAUUAGCAAAUAAGAAUCAAAGUGAAUGCCCAAACGGCUGUUAGUUUCUCUUCAUUUCUACAAUUAUAGCCAACAUCCUUUAACAAAACAUUCUCUUCUUCUCCUCUACCCCCCCCCCACACCUACUUUUAAAUUAGGCUUACUUCACUAAUUCUUGUCCUCGUGAAUUUUUAUUUGCUUAUCUCACAUUUUUUUUCUUUCCUAUUGAUUUUAUUUCUCUAAUGGACAAUUGUUUCGUUAUUUUCUUUAGAAUUUAGAGCCAUUU